UGAACGCUUCUCCUACCUCUCCGACAUUCAGUCAACAAGUUUCAGCUGCCUUCCGUCCGCCCAGAUCCAGGGAGUAUCCCUCACCGACCGGCUGCGCUCCUGUCGACUCCCCGCUACUCCUCACCAAUCUAACCGCCCUCAUCACGCCUUCCUUCGGCCUCCAUCGGCGACGACGAGCGGAAUUUUCCGUCCUCCCCUCGUUGACGUCGCAGUCCUCCGCUAUCUGCCCGGUUCCCCGCUCCGGCUCACCAUAGGCUGCUGCGGCUCAUUGGUGCUGUCCCCCGCAGCAAGCGCUGGUUGUCUCCACGAUCUGCCGUGGCUGCACCGACGCACGUCGGCUCUUCCUGCUCGUCCCACCAUGGACUCGAUCCGUUGCCCGAUCGUCUCUCCCAGUUCACCUCCGAGAGGACGUCGCAUCAGACCGCUACGCCCACCUCCACCUAUCUCGGCUCGCAGCUGGCUUGUCAGCCUCAUCAACCCGCAGCUUCAUUUGCGCCCAUUGGGCGUCGUCUAGGUAAGACGUACCUGCUCCUGACUAGUUCAUUCUCCCUUCGCUUUACGUCUCUGUCAGCGCACCAGCGCCUUUAACUCAUGUUUACCACGCCUCCUAUCGCCGGUCAGUCUUGGCAUUUCCAGGGUCGCGACUAGCUCGUUCCGUUAGUUCCCCGCUCAGGCCGCCGUAGCCCUCUCUUCCCUCUGUUGCUAAGAUCGCUCCAAAUUCUGUCAGUAGUUCCAGUUUGCAUUUCAGCUCAUUCUGGCCUCCGCCCCAGCUGCCGCUGGUCUCCUAAUCGCAGCACCAUUUUCUUAAAGCUUUUCAUGACUAGUAGAGGGGAUCCGCCUAAAGUUUCAUAUAAAACGCACCUGAAAACAAACGGAGUUAUGGGCAAUCUUUUAUUUACAAUUUCUCUUUUCUGUAAAAAAAAAAAAAAAAAAAAAAAAAAAGCCGUGCUGCCCCUUCUACUCCAGAUCCAUGCAAGCAGCCCAUCCACACAGAUGGCAGAGCGUCCGAGCGCUGCAGCUCCAAAAUGGUGCAGUCAUCAGGUAUCUGAAAGAGAAAAUACCUUAACUAUGGACCCAGCAGGUAGAUUACCCGAGAGCAGAGACGCAGCCUACCUAGAUCCGCGCUUAUCAUCUGGUGAACCAGGUGGAAACGUAACAAUGCUGCAGGAACACACGAAUGGCUUCAUUAGUAGGUCCAGCAUCCACAACAACCGCAAUCCCAGCCAUUGACCGUAGAUGGCUUGACGAUCUCAGUUGAGCAAUCAGGAACACAAGCCACCCAGGCAGCCGACAUACACGGGGAGAAACAGUCACGCACACACACCUUAGCAGCACCAUCAAUCACGGGGCCGCUCCUGGUGCACAAUGUGGGGAGGAUGGUUCUCCUUCCCCCUCAGUCGGGCCUAUGUCGCACCCCGAGUAGUCUGAUCAUCAGAAGCCGCUCGUAGGCUCUCUAAUUUUGCAGCUUCAUCGCAGCCAGCAGACCGGAUCUCAUCUGCGUACUUUCCAGUCGUCAAUCUUAACCUCCACCCUCGAACAGUUAGCUUCACCUGCACAGCGAUACAAACUUCACGAGUCCUCUUUCAAGUGAUUCAUAGUUCACAACGCCGCUCGCUCUGACAGCUUUCUUUCCUCGUCAUCCAUUGGUUCCGACCCAUAUCAAGGAGGCAUACACACAGUUGGUACGCAGACAUGCGCGCUAGGUGGUCAGCGUCAUCUGUACAGCCGUCAGUUCGAUACACAUGACGGGAUAAAACCAGCCAACGUUCUUCUGGUAAAUGAAUGGUCAGUAAUUACCGCUGGAGCUAGUCGUAGCCGACCACAAAGCUCGCUCGUAUAAAACAAGCCUCCCGUUCCCCGAUACUCCGACUGCUUACCACCAAGCCGGACCGUCGCUGGCAAUAUGGCUCACGAAGAUCUAACUUCCCUGUUAUGUGGCCGAUUACCUAAAAGCGUUUCGGUAAUCCCUUUCUGUCGGUCGCUACCAGCCGUUGGAGCAGGACGUAUGGCGAUCCUCAUUGGCAGGAAACUAAACUCCGGCCCGACGUUGACUCUCGGUCUCGUGUACGUGCUCUAGUCUACCGCGCAGUAGGAAUCCUGACUUGUUCUACCCUUUUCCUUGCGUUCUCUAAAGAGCUUUUGGGGGAUUUACAGGCCCCUAUUAUUUAGCGAUCCAACUUCGUCUCAUUGCCCCCAGCAUAAGAUAAAAACACUCCAGGAUUUCGAGAAUUACAUCCACGCAUUCAUCCGUAGUUGCAUUAAUUAAUUAAUUAGUUAAGCAGGAUUCGUAUAUCCGUACAACUUAAUCAUAUUACAGCAGAUCACAGGCAGCCAGUCUGUCCCUCCAGGUCCAGUUAUAACUCCCACAUCUGCCUCCGUGCAAAGCAUUCCUACAGCUUCCCUUCUUCAGUUCUUUCCUACAUCCGCAGUCUGCUCGCUGGAAGCAACUUUCACGCUAAGCUUUAGCAACCUACCACAUCAUCUAGUCUAGUCUGGUCAUCUAGUCUAGUCGAACCCCGCUGUGAAUUUCUUCUCAAGGGAUUUCUAAGCAUAGCUCCUCUAAUCCUGAUAGCUGGAAACCCAUCUCAUUCCCAUCACUUGGGAAUCUCAUCACUGCACACCAAUCCGGCGCCUUCGUCCCCUACAUCAGAGCUCCACUCAUGCGCUUUCCUCCUAGCCUUCUAUGGAUUUCAGAUACGGAGUGAGUUCACACUGCAUCUAAAGUAUUCAAUCAGUUAGAGACUAUCUAACUCGAUACUAAAUUCUUCCCUGACCACUACAACCGCUGCCCGUUUCAUCUGCCACCUCAGACUGAUCUCAGCUGAGAUCCUCCCCCUUGCCACUUCUCGGGCCAUUCUUUUAGAAUAGGCGUUGCCUCAUCGCCAUCGUCAGGCGUCCCUUCAGCUUCUCUCCUUCAGCUCGGCCGCUGGUCAUCCCCGGCCUUCUCAUCCUAUAUCCUACCAAAUCUUUCAGCUGUGCUCGAAGCUCCACAUGCAAUGUCUGCAGGUGAGCAUCUCUCCAAAUAACUGGUGGUGGAGCCCUAGUCAUUGUAAAUAGCUACUAAAUGGUGAAAUUCUUCUUUUUGUUCAUUGGUCCCACAGUGACACUUAGUGGUUGAUUUGUGCUUUAUUUUGAAGAGCGGUAGAUUUCUUCUUUGCGUAUUUUGUGUUAGGCACUUCCUGUUUCGCUAACCACGCAGAGUAAGCGUUAGAGCCUGAAGAAAAAGAACAUUUGUAAAAUAGCGCUCUUGGAAAGCAGAAUGAGGUAGGAAUGUGCGCAAUUGUGUUUUGUGAACAUUUAUGUUUAUUUAUACAUUAUGUAUCCUUUAUUUAUGCUACAGUUUUCACUGUGUCUGACAAGAAAGGUCAAGACUGCACCCGUUCGGAACUCCCUGCAUCUGGCUGUCCAUUCCGAGAGGCCGCUACAGUCACCUCUAACAUUUCUUUCACACCUAGGGAAGCUAGCAGGGCCCAACAGGCCCUCAGCCCUGCCGGCUUGGCCUCGCAGUCCAUCACGCUGCUUCGCCAUCAGUCCCGCCAGCGUGCGGGCCCUAUCGCCUAUCAGUCUCGUCAGACUGCAGGCCCCGACCCACGCCUAUCAGUCUCGUCAGGCUGCAGGCCCGACUGACGCCUAUCAGUUUCGGCAGACUGCAGGCCCUACCGACGCCUAUCAAUCUUGUCAGACUGCAGGCCCUACCGACGCCUAUCAGUCCCGUCAGACUGCAGGCCCUACCGACGCCUAUCAGUCCUGUCAGAUUGCAGGCCCGACCGACGCCUAUCAGUCUCGCCAAGCUGCAGGCCCUACCGUCGCCUAUCAGUCUCAUCGACUGCAGGCCCCGACUGACGCCUAUCAGUCUCGCCGAGCUGCAGGCCCCAACCGACGCCUAUCAGUCUCGUCAGACUGCAGGCCCAACCGACGCCUAUCAGUCUCGUCAGACUGCAGGCCCAACCGACGCCUAUCAGUCUCGUCAGACUGCAGGCCCCAACCAACGUGGUGCGCCUAUCAGUCAUCUGACUGCAGGCCAGCCAGGCCUCGGCCCGGCUCCCUCUUUUGGGGGGAAGACUAUCCCGAGCUCGCCGAGCAGACCGCCUGCUCACCGCGAUCCUCGGCUCACAGUCUUCUGCCGGGUCCGAGCGCCAAAGAAAUUGUACCAUUAAAUCUUUUUAACUGCUAUUUUCUUCUCUGUGUGAGUCUCUCCAGAUUGAAAUGGAGCCUUGGCGAAAAUUCAAACUGGGAGACUCGACCAGCUUCACCACAUCAUCUAAUCACUACGCCCGACCGCAGCCAAUCCGGACCAGAGCUUCACGCCGCUCCAGCCAAUCGUCGUCCAAAGACACCUUCAAAAGUCCAAGCUACCCUGGGGUCUUCCUGCUCGUCAGCCGUGCUUCGACCCACCUCCUCCCCUUCUCCACCUUCACCAUGAGGGUCGUCCUCCAGGAUCCCUUGUGCUCUUCCUCUCCAAGCUCCGCUCCACCACCAGUUUCGGUCCCGGGGGGAAGACUAUCCCGAGCUCGCCGAGCAGACCGCCUGCUCACGGCGAUCCUCGGCUCACGGUCUUCUGCCGGGUCCGAGCGCCAAAGAAAUUGUACCAUUAAAUCUUUUUAACUGCUA